AUCCAUAAUGUCUCACUAUAGUUAUGAUGAAGAAGGGCAUUUUUUUCCAUUUGUGGUACUUACCUUUUUAAUUAUUAUCUUAAUACCUACUACAUUUCCAUUCUUACAUAAUCGAUAUAAAAAGGAAACAAUUAUACCUUGUUCUUGUGGUUCUUGUAAAGAACAGGAUAAAGUUUUGCGUGAAUAUAAAAAAAGGACAAUUAAAAACCCAAAAAUAUCAAAAAAAGCGGUUUUUGUGUGUAUUGGUUGGUCUCUUGUUGUAUAUAUUAUUUAUCAAAUAUCGGAAAUUAAAGUUCAACAUAAAGUUUGGGAUCCUUAUGAAAUUUUGGGAAUAUCUAUGUCAGCUUCAGAGAAAGAAAUAAGGAAGCAUUAUAAGAAAUUGUCUUUGAAAUUACAUCCGGAUAAAGUACGUCUUAACAAAACACAGACUCGUGAAUCCGUUGAAUCUUUAUAUGUUGAAAUCACAAAAGCUUAUAAAGCAUUGACAGAUGAAGAUAUUAGAAGAAAUUAUAUUGAAUAUGGACAUCCAGAUGGUAAACAGGAUUUUUCAAUUGGAAUAGCUCUUCCAAAAUGGAUUGUUGAGACUAAAAAUAAUUAUUAUGUUCUAGGUGUUUAUGCAAUUGCAUUUGGGUUUGCUCUUCCAUAUUAUGUCGGAAAAUGGUGGUAUGGGAAUAAAUUAUAUACUAAAGACGGAAUUCAUACUAAGAGUGCUGAAAAAUUUUUUAAAGGAAUUGAAGAAAUAAUGACAUCUGAAAAAUUAGAACUUUUGAUUUCUCAAAGUCAAGAAUAUAAAUUUUUAACAGGAUUUGAGGAUGAGCUUAAGAAUAUUGAAAAGAAAAUAAUAUCAAAAGAUAACAAGUAUCAAUUACAUAUUCAGAAAGAUUUAUCAUAUAGAAAAGCUUAUUUAUUACUUUAUGCUCAUUUACAUCGCAUUAAUUUACACUCUUUUAAACUAAAAAAAGAGCAAAUUACCUUGCUUCAAUUAGCAUUGAUACUUCAAUCCGGAUUGUUGUCUAUAUCUAUAAUUUACGGUUUCUUGCAACCAAUUUUAUAUAUUAUGGAAUUAUCUCAGGCUAUUGUACAAGCUAUUCCUUCUAAUGGGUCUUCAUUAUUACAACUUCCCUAUAUUUCAAGAAAAGUUGCUAAAGAAAUAGUUGAGAAAAUUGGACAUCCUAUAACUAUUCAGCAAUUUUUGGAAAUUCCGGAAGAAAAAAGGCGAGCCUUGUUAUCAUCAUAUACUAAUGAAGAAUAUUCCUUAAUCAUUAAUAUUGCAUCUAAAAUUCCUAUUCUUAAUAUUGUUGAUGCAUCUUUUAAAGUUCCCGGAAAUGAGUUUAUUCCACCAGAGUCUAUUGUUCAGUUUGUUUUUAGAGCUAGAUGCAUUUUUUUAGGGGAAGAACCUCCUGAAGUUACUAAAUCAGAUCUUGAAAAUGAAACAGACGAUGAUGAUGUGGAGUUUUCGUCAAAACGUAAGAAAAAAAAAGAUGAAGAAGAUUCAACUAUUCCAUAUGCACAUACUCCAUUUUAUCCAAAAAAACAUAAACCCAAAUGGUGGGUUUUUGUGGUUGAUAUUAAGCAUGAUCGUGUCAUCAUUCCUCCUAUUACUAUAACUAAUAUCAGCAAACGUGUUCAUACCUUUCGUGUAUCUUUUCAAGCACCAUCUCAAACAGGCGUUCAUACCUUUCAAAUUCAAGUCAAAUCAGAUACGUAUAUUGGAACAGAUUUAAAAAGGAAUAUUGAAUUUAAGGUAGAGGAAAGUGCUAAACAGAAAAAUACAUCUACCAAUGUAAAUAAUACUGUCCAUAAAAAGGAGGCUUUACGCGAUCAAAUCAAAAACUCAUCAAAUCAUCAAAAAGUUGAUAAAAAUACCUCUGAUUAUCCUAUUGAUCAAGAUGGCGUUGACACAUCUGAUGAUAGCAGUCUUGAAGAUGAUUACGAAAGCAACAGUGCAUAUGAUAACAGUACAACUGAUAGCGAUACAAUUGAUUAA